AUGAUGGUGUCAGGCAGGCUAUACGCGGUGCUGUGGGCCAUCAUUCACCUAGCUACAGCUGGGGAAUGGCCGCCCCAGCUUCCACUUCGCGAUGCAGAAGAUGCUUGCCCUGAUUAUGCCUUAUAUGCCUCCUAUCCACACAAGCCGUUGAGCACCGGGCCGCUCGCGCUCCCAUUUCAGAGACCAGACCGGCGAUGUCGGACGUUUCAUUCCGAUGAAAUCGAAAGAGUUAUCAAAGAUAUCACCACUCGCAUGCAGAAUCGGGACCUCGCUAGGUUGUUCGAGAACGCGUUUCCUUCAACAACCGAUACCACCGUCAAAUUUCAUACCAAGGGUAGAGAUACAGGCUUCAUGCGAUUCGGUGGAUCUCGAACUGCCCUAGAUGAUGGUGCCUGGCAAGGGCGUCAUUCAUUCAUAAUUACGGGAGAUAUUAUUGCUGAAUGGCUGCGCGACUCGACCAACCAACUUCGUCCAUAUCAGGCGCUGGCAAAGAAGGAUCCUGCCAUUUUCGACUUGAUAUUAGGUGCUAUCAAUACACAAGCGGAAUACGUUAUUGAGGCACCCUACUGCAACGCCUUUCAGCCUCCUCCAAUUAGUGAUCUUCCCAUAACCUCCAAUGGACAAGAUGAUGUGGUUCAUCCAGUGUACGAGCCUAGCGCCGUAUUCGAGUGCAAAUAUGAGCUUGACUCACUAGCCCAUUUUUUGGCGCUUGCGAACGACUUCUACGAACACACAGGCUCGACAGAUUUCUUGAACGAUCGAUGGUAUCUCGCGGUGGAAACUCUCCUAAAAGUCUUGGAAGAACAAUCAAAGCCCACCUUUGAUGCCGAGACGGGAGACUAUCUAAAAAAUGACUACACAUUUCAACGAUGGACAAACAUUGGUACGGAGACACUCAAUCUGCAAGGAAACGGCAAUCCGCUCAACCUUGGCACUGGGCUCGUUCGCUCUGCAUUUAGACCUAGUGACGAUGCCACGAUUCUAGGGUUCUUUAUUCCUGCUAACGCGAUGAUGUCUGUUGAGCUUCGCCGGGCCUCCAAGUUUGUUAAAGAUGCCGGAAAGCCAUCUCUGGCCAAAAAACUGCAAAAAUGGGGCGAAUCCUUACAUUCUGCGAUCAUGGAGCAUGGCGUUGUCACUCAUAAGUCGUAUGGCCAAGUCUUCGCCUACGAAGUUGACGGAUAUGGCUCUGCAAUUUUGAUGGAUGAUGCAAAUUACCCGUCUCUCCUAGCCUUACCCCUAAUGGGAUUUUGCGAAACCGAAGACGUGAUUUAUAAGAACACGAGAAAAAUGGUGUUAGAAAAGUUGGGAAAUCCCUACUACCUGACAGGCAACGACUUUGAGGGUAUCGGUGGGCCGCAUAUCGGACUGCAGAAUGCAUGGCCAAUGAGUCUUCUUAUCCAAGCACAAACCUCAGGGGACGAUGAGGAAAUCAAGAAAUGCAUUGAUCUAGUUCUAAAAUCGUCAAAGCUGGGUCUGGUACACGAAAGCGUAAACGUGAACUACGCCAGGCAGUACACAAGAAGUUGGUUCGCCUGGGCGAAUGGUGUCUUCGCGAACACGAUUCUUGACCUAGCGAAGCGUAAGCCGUACCUAAUUUUUGGUCCUGAGGCAUCACCAUACGAACCAUGA